GUCGGUGCCGCCGCCGAUAUGGCGCGCACGGCCCCUGUGGAGCCCCCGCUGCGGCAACCCGCGCCCCCCUCGCCGGCCACGGGCGAGCCCCGCACCUCAGUCGAGGCAGCGGUGGCCCCGCGGAGGGUGCUGUUCGCCGACGAGGCCCUGGGGCUGCCGCUGGCGCAGCUGCGCCGCUACCGGCCGUGGGGCGGGCCCGGGGCGGGCAAGAUGGCGGCGGCGGCCGGGCAAGAUGGCGACGGCGGCGGGGCUGACGAGGACGACGAUGGCGAGGAUGGGGAUGAAGGGGAGGAGGAAGACGAGGCUUUACCCGAGCCCUCGCCGCUGUGCCGCGUUCCCGCUGGCGGGGGGUUUUACCUGGUGCCCACAUUUUCGCUGCCGCCCGCGCCGGGCCGUCUGGAGCGCUUGGGGCGCGUCAUGGUGGAGCUGGAGGCACUGCUGCCGCCUCCCGGAGCGGUCCCCGGUGGUGCCGGGGUGUGGGUGCCUGGGGGGCGCCCGCCGGCGCUGCGCGGGUUGGUCCGCGUGCUAAACCGCUCCUUCGAAAAGGCGGUGCACGUGCGGGCCUCACACGACGGCUGGGCUUCCUUCUGCGACCACCCAGCGCGCUACGUCCCGCGCAGCCCGCCGGGGGCAGGAGCGGGAGGACCAGGAGCAGGAGAUCCCAUCCUGGAUCUGGGCCUUGGCCUGGGCCCUGGCCAGGCGUCCGCCUCCUCGCCCGACGACGGCGGCCGCACCGACCGCUUUGCCUUCCAGCUGCCCUUUGCUGAGGGCGCGGGCGAUGGGGCGCGCCUGGACUUCGUGGUGCGCUAUGAGACCCCCGAGGGCACUUUCUGGGCCAACAACCACGGCCGCAACUACACAGUCCUGCUCCGGAUCGCACCCGCUCCCACACCCACUGAUGCCGAAGGGCUGCCCCAGCAGCAGCAGCUGGAGCCACAGCCCGAGUGCCAGGGUCCCGUGGAGGCUGAGGCCAGGCAGCUGAAGAGCUGCAUGAAGCCGGUGAGGCGCAGGCCUAACGAGGAGGAGCUGAGGAUGAAGAGUGCGGACGAUAAUACCCCUGCUGUGGCAGAGCGUCCUGAUGUCCAGGAGUCAGUGGGUCCCCUGGUGGCCCCCACGCCUCUCCGUCCGUGGCCCCAGAUGACACUUCAGGUUCCUGAAGUUACAGUGACUGGCAAACCCCCAGAGGAAGGUGAUGUCCCCAGAAGCAGUCCGCCUGUGACAUUCACAGAGGUCCCUCAGGCACCGACCAUCAGGAUUCCCCUCUCUUCCUCUCUCUGUGGCCUGGGUGGCUCUCCCAGGGACCAGGCCUCGGGGCCCGAUGCAAGUGAGGGGGCAGCCAGGCCUCUCCUGGAACCCAGCCAGCGACAGGUGGAGGCCACGUGGGAAGUAUCCAGCGAGAAUGAAAGGGGCCGAAGGGAUCCCAUAAUGGGAACUAUCAUGGAUGAGCCCCUCGGGGGUCUGGAGGUCGUGAGUGGGUUGGAGGAGCUGCUUGGCGAGGACACCAUUGACCAGGAGCUGGAGCAGCUCUACCUGUCCCACCUGAGCCGCCUGCGGGCUGCCGUGGCUGCUGGUGGGGCAGGAGGUGGUGGGGAGGGCCCCACAGAUGGGGGGGUAUCCCCCAGCCAUCCCCUGGGCAUACUCACGGACCGCGACCUGAUCUUGAAGUGGCCUGGCCCUGAGCGGGCCCUGAACAGUGCCCUGGCUGAGGAGAUCACGCUGCACUAUGCCCGGCUGGGGCGUGGUGUGGAGCUCAUCAAGGAUACGGAGGACCCUGAUGAGGAGGGGGAGGGGGAAGAGGGGCUCUCCAUCAUACCCUCCAGCCCAGAAGGGGACACCCCCAAGGAAUCGCCUCCGGAAAUCCUCUCUGGGGCCCAUUCUGUGGUAGCGGCUAUGGGAGAUGUGUGGCUCCCAUGGGCAGAAGGCUCGGGAUGUAACAGCCCUGUGGUUCUGGGUAUAGAGGGUCAGUUCCCUGGGGCUCCAGAGAAGGGGAUGGGCAAGGACUCUGACUCUUUGCAUGUGAAUAGGGUGGUAGUGGGGGUGACUGGGUCCUUGCGGGGGACAGAAGCCCAGAUGGAGUUUACCACUGAGUUGGCAGACAGAUCGGUUUCUCUAUCUGGCAAGGAGCCAGCUGCUCCAGUGCUGCAGGGGCAAGAUCUCCCCCUCCUUGGUCCCUUGAGGGCUGAAGUCUGUCCUUCUAGCCUGGCCAGGCCCCAUGUGAGCUCCCAGGAUGAAGAGGGUUCAGGCCCAAGCCUUGAGCCCCCAAAGAGGUCUCCCCCACUAGCAGCCCCUGCAGAGAAUGUCUGUGUAUUGCCUCCCCAGCUCUGGGGGCCCUUGACCCAGACUCUGGGGGUCCUGGCUGGGUUGGUGGUGGUCCCUGUGGCUCUGAACAGUGGUAUGUCCCUCCUGGUGCUUGCGCUGUGCCUCUCUCUGGCCUGGUUCUCGUAGGAGCUGCUUGUGAGAUCAGCAAUAAUAGGCUUCCCCCUCUCUGGGGAGGGGCAGCCCCUCCCCUCAGAGGGUUCAGAUGGGAUGUGUGGCCUGUACAGUGAAGGGUUCUUUGCUUCUGAGAAUGCUCGACUGGAGAGAGGCCUUCCUGUUCCUUAGCUCUCCAGUCAGCACGGGGCUCCCUGUGAUGAUACCAGUGGAGAGAAACAGCAUGGGUGGGUGGUGUGAGUGAGAAUUUUCAGAAUGGAACUGGGCAUGUCCUCCCUUCCCAUCCCCCCCCUCAAGCCUGUAUUUAUUUUUGUAUAAUUCUCUGGAUGAGGGAGAGUGGUCAUGAGCUGGUCUUGGGGCACAAUUACCCAGAGAUAUAUUUAUUAACAGCCAACCUGUGCAACCUGCUGGAGCUUUAUUUUUAAUUUAAUUUAUAUAGAGUACCUAUUAUUAUAUGCCACAAUACAGCUCUAUGAGAAACGAU